UUUUGUUCUAACUUGUAGGGAAUCUUGUCUGCUUCAGUUUUAUCAAUCAUCUCUCUGAUUCGUCCUUAUCAAUGGCAAAGCCUGCUAAUGCCAGUUUUGCCGGAUGACAUGCUGGAUUUUUUGGAUGCACCAGUUCCUUACAUAGUUGGUGUUAAGAAUAAAACCAGUGAAGUACAGUCUAAGUUAACCAAUGUCUUGGUGGUUGAUGCUAACAGGAACCAGGUUAAGUCAGCAUCAAUACCUCAACUACCCAAACAGAAGGAGUUAUUUUCAUCCUUAAGUCCGUAUCACGCCAAACUUGUGGGAGAAAGUUAUUUGGCAAGGAAAAGACCAGUCUAUGAAUGCACAGAUGUGCAGGUGGAGGCAGCAAAGGGUUUCCUGACUGUGGUAAGAUCCUACUUGGAUUCUCUUUGCUCUAACCUGCGUUCACAUACAAUAACAAAUGUGCAAUCUAAUAAUGACAAGGUAUCUCUGCUUUUGAAAGAGAGUUUCAUAGACUCAUUCCCUAGUCGUGAUCGACCAUUUAUGAAGCUUUUUGUAGACACGCAACUCUUCUCUGUACAUACAGAUCUUGUUCUCUCUUUUUUCCAGAAGCAGUAAUGCUGCUGCCAUACGAAGAAUGAUGUGAAAUAUAUUUUGUUGUAACUUGUAUCUAAAGUGCAGCCAUGUAUAAUAUUAGAAGAUAAAAGUUGUUCAUAUAUUAGCAUCAGUGUGAUUUUCUUGGUGGGUGAGGUUGCUCCAUUUUUCCCUCCCUGUCCUGUCCUUUGAUCCUUUUACUGUAAGAUAGAAUCAAAUGAAAUCCACCACUAUAUUGUUAUAUGGUAUCAUGGUUGCUUAAUUAUUAAGUAAAAGUUUAGAUUUGUAGAAA